UAUAAGAGGGCCAGUUUAUUUAACGUCAGGUCAUUCUGUAACUUCUCACAUAUCGUCCAAAACUUCUUUGUCUUUUGUAGCAAACUAAAGGCCCUCAAACGCGAACAUUUCCUGGAGUCAAUAAGCGGUCUGCCUCAACAUUUUGGUUCCGUCCCCGAUUCCCCACACAUUAUCGGCGCCGAUCCCGAUCAUCCUCCCGGUUCCGGAGCCGGAUCUACCAACUGCGAAAAUGCGGUUCAGCGGCAACUUUCAGCUCUCAGCGACUAUGCUAGUCACGGCUGCGCUCGUGCUGUCAUCUCUCAUUCUCCAGUCCCUGGCAACACCCAACUCGGGCCUGGCUAGAACCUUCACCGCCCAACACAACCCCCUUGUGCGCCGGGCCGAGGAAGUCGGUUCGGCGUGCGACUCGGAGGGUCAGUGGAACUGCAUGACAAGUUCGUGGCAGCGGUGUGCCAGUGGGCAGUGGAGCGAGGAGAUCCAGUGCGCGGCGGGGACGAGAUGCACUCCGUCGGGCAAGGCGGAUACUUUCGCGGUCGAAUACGAUGAAAAUGGCAAUGGAAAUGGUACCAGUGGUUCAAGUACUGGAACGAGGUCCUCGAAAAGCAAGACGGUGGUGUUGUCUAUAUUCGGAUUAUGGGUGUGCUUAGUUGCUGUCUGAGUAAUUCUUAGGGGGCAUUACGACAUUAAGGUGUGCGCACGAUGCGGCGCUUAGGAGUUCGGGUCAAUAUCCAGCGAGGAGCUUCGUCCUAGCUUGGGACCAUGUCAAUCAAGCAUAGUGCAUCGCCUCUCUUUGGG